GUGUCUUCGUAGGUUUCUCUGAUUUCGGAAGUCCGAAACUUGGAUUCUGCAGUUUCUGGUGCGCGGUUUGUGAUAUCGCGAGUAUCGACGUUUGUAAUUGAGGGAAAUCAUGGCCGAUAGCGCUGAUUCAUUGAGUGCUAAAUCGCGUAUCCAGCACUUCAAGAACAAAGGAAAAGAUGCAGAUGAAAUGAGGCGCCGGCGGAGCGAGAUGGCCGUCGAAUUGCGGAAGAACAAACGAGAGGAAACGCUGCAGAAAAAGCGAAAUGUUCCGACGAGUGACUCUACCGAUGACGAAGAAAUCCAAGGAGGAACUCCCUUUGAAGCUGCUUGGGCUCUCACGAAUAUUGCAUCUGGAACAUCUGCGCAGACCCAAGCGGUGGUUCAAGCGAAUGCCGUACCGCUCUUUUUGAAGCUGUUGUUCUCCCCGCAUCAGAACGUGUGCGAACAAGCCGUUUGGGCUCUAGGAAACAUCAUCGGCGAUGGGCCUCAGCUUAGGGAUUACGUUAUUUCCUUGGGAGUCAUCCGUCCCUUACUUGCCUUCAUUUCUCCUAAUGUUUCCAUACAAUUUCUUCGCAACGUCACUUGGGUUAUCGUGAACGUUUGUCGUUCUAAAGAUCCUGCUCCUUCUGCUGAGACAAUCCGUGAAAUCCUGCCGGCGUUGCGCAUCUUGAUUCAUCAUUCUGAUACAAACAUUCUUGUCGAUACCGUUUGGGCUCUGAGCUAUUUGCUUGAUGGCGGCAACGAGCAAAUUCAGAUGGUUAUUGAUGCCGACAUAGUGCCAAGUCUGGUGCCUCUAUUGUCCCAUAAAGAGAUCAAGGUUCAAACGGCCGCUCUUCGCGCCGUGGGUAACAUAGUCACGGGAUCUGACGAUCAGACGCAGACUGUUCUCAAUUGCCAGGUCCUCUCACACUUUCCUGCACUUCUGCAACACCCGAAGGAGAAAGUGUGCAAAGAAGCGGUGUGGUUUUUGUCCAACAUUACAGCUGGCAAUGAAAGUCAAGUUCAAGCUGUCAUCGAUGCUGGUUUGAUCCCUAUGAUCAUUCAUCACUUGGGAAAGAGUGAUUUCCAAACUCAAAAAGAAGCUGCUUGGGCUAUAAGUAACUUGACCAUCUCUGGAAAUCCGAAACAAGUUGCUCUGCUGAUCAGUGAGAAAGUGAUCCCGCCGAUGUGCACCCUUCUCACGUGCAAAGACGCGCAGGUCAUACAAGUCAUCCUGGAUGGAUUGAAUAACAUCCUGAAGCUAGCAAACAAAAAGCGGGAGAUGGAAACCGUCUGCGGAUUGAUAGAGGAGUGUGGCGGGCUUGACAAGAUUGAGUCGCUUCAAAAUCACGAGAACGUUGAUAUAUACAAGCUCGCUUAUGACAUCAUUGAGCAGUAUUUCGCCGAAGUCGACGACGGAGAUGAAGUGAACUUGGAAGGCGUCGGAGACCGAUUCGUCGCGCCUGGAGAAGAUGGCCAACCCGAACCGUCCGCGUGUUCCUUCAAAGUAGCGAGUCGGGAUUGUGCAGACGAGCGUGAGCGUGACAGGUGA